ACGCGGAAGAACCAGGGCUGAGACUCUGCCCUAGACGUCAGUAGAGGGCUGCAAAGAGCCAAGUGGAGAACGAGGCUUGGGUCAUCGGAAGAGCUUGUGGACGCCUUACACACUUCCGGCAGAGAGUCAGUCAAGCUGUGUGUGUGUCACCAGGAGGGAAGGGUUCGGCUGUGGAAGGAUGAUAGAGAGCCCCCUCCGACAAUGCGCCUAAAGGGACCCUCUCAUUCCUUCCACCCACCCACCGGAGUCCAUACCUCCCUGGGAGCCCACGUCUACACCUUUACUAAUGGAGCGGCGGAUCUGGACGGCUCGUCCGAGGAGGAGCUCGAUGUUAUGGAGUUACGAGCGCGGGGCGGCGAGCGCCAACACCGCAGCGCUUUGCGGGAGAAGGUCAGCGAUGUGGUUUUCUUGGAGCGAGCCGUCACGGAGGAGGACAGCCUGAACAAGCUGGCGCUGCAGUAUGGAUGCAAGGUCGCGGACAUUAAGCGAGUGAACAACUUCCUGACGGAGCAGGACAUGUACGCUGUAAAGACGAUUAGAAUCCCGGUGAAGGUGCAUGGAAUUUUUACCGAACAGAACGAGGAACCCAACGCACAAACCUCCAUGUCUGCCGAUUCUCCCGACGUUGUCGCCGAGCCGCCCGAUGACGGGCGCGAUAUCUCCGAGGACCCCAGGGACAUAAGUCAGUACUUCCAGGAGAUAGACCAGAACAUCGAGGAAGCCACACAGACCCAGGAACUGCUCGGGGAAUCUUAUGGCUCUGAUGGUCUCCAGGUGACGCCUUUACCGAGACAGAAAGACUCCUAUCUGGGGGCGGACUGGGGAAUCCGAUGGUGGAACGCCGUUUUAGUCAUGCUUUUAAUUGGGAUUGUUUUGCCAGUAUUUUAUAUUAUCUACUAUGAAAAAGCUUCAGAGAAACCCUUCCACUCUACCAAUGGUACGGAGAGUCAGGUAAACGCAACUACACAUUUUUUAUAGACACCCCUGCCGACUAUGCCGGGACCUCCGGACACUGGAGGACAGGGUACAGGGCUCUUCAGCCCCCUUCUCAUGUCACUUUAUAUCCUGAUGGGGGCCCCCCGGAGCAGAAAGAACAAUAUUGUUCAGCGGGGGCCGGGGGGUCUGCAUAAAAACCACCAGCAAGCUCUUUGGACAAGAAAUGUUGUCAUCGGAUUAAAAGAGAAUUAUCGACUGACUUUU